AUUAGAUAAACAAAUUCUUGAUUGUAAAUUAUGGAAAACAUUCAAUUUGUACGCGGUUCCUGUGAACGCUUUUGUCCCGAUGGAGAAGCUAAAAUGCGCAUACAAAAGAAAUUGCUGAACUACUUUGAAUACAAAGAUGGUCAAAAACAUGUACCCGGCGUUUUGGUCAAGGAGUUUACGCGUUCCGCUGCCGAUGCAAAGGUGCCAAAAGCCAAGGAUAUGCGUACUGAGCUUUGCCUAACGAGAACGGUUGAAUAUCUGCUUAAAGACAUAUUUAUGGAUGAACGUAAGCCCUAUCAUUUCGUCUAUGAUUUUAUAUUCGAUCGGUUGCGAAGUGUGCGGCGGGAAAUAGUCAUACAGCAGUACAAUCCCCGACAAACCAUUUGUCUUAUUGAGCCGAUGAUCAUGUUUAUGGCUUACAGCCGCUAUCGCCUGUGUGAGGACCCAAUCGAUAAAUUUGAUCCGAAAAUCUGCAAUCAGCAUUUGCAGGAAUGCCUAAAUGUUGUACUCUGCUGUUACGAUGAGCUGGAUGAGGAGGCACAAAGUAUGAAUGAGAAGAAGCCAACCAUACGUGAGGCAGAGCGACGUUACUUUAUUGAGGCACUGUAUCAAAUUUUCAACUUGGGUACACCAGAAGCUCUAGUUCGCGGGUUAAUGCUGCCCAUCCAAGUACGAGAGAACGAAAUCUUUAAGUUGGCGUUUAGCAUCUGUCUGAACUAUCAUCAAGGAAAUCUUUAUCGUGUCAUUAAAGGUCUGCCGAAAUUGCCGCAUAUCAUUUGUGCGGUGGCUGGAGCAAAGCUACAGACAAUACGAAGACGCCUUUUGGAAAUAUUUACGCAUGCCUACAAUAGCAAACAGCUUACGGUACCGACUGCGUACUUGUUGCAUUUGACUUUGCUAGAGCCUAAAUCGCUUACUGAACAAUGUAGACAUUAUAAUAUAGCCCAGACUCCCGAUCGCAAGGCAGUGCAUUUUAUUAAGACUGAAUUUAAGAUCGAUGCUGAGACAAUAAAAGCGCAUCGAGAAACUUUUAUUGAUCAGAAAUUGUCUCGUAUUUAUCUGCCCGAGGUAUUGCUAUUAAAGAAAUUGUGGAUAUGAUCUCAUUUUGUAUAAGUAUUUAAUUAAUUAAAUGCAUCUAAA